UGUCUCACUCCCCGCCCGGGCCCGGCCUGCCCGCCCACCCACCACUCUCUCCCUCCCGUCAGCCCGGCUGGCUGGAGCCUGGGACUCUGCCCGAGGAGCCCUGGGCCUGCCGACCCACCGGCUUCGGAGCGCCCGCCAAGGUUCGGGUCACAGUGUGGAGGUGCCGGGCCACCAUGCUCAGUCUCAAGCUGCCCCAGCUCCUUCGAGUCCACCAGGUCCCUCGGGUGUUCUGGGAAGACGGCAUCAUGUCUGGCUACCGCCGCCCCACCAGCUCAGCCCGGGACUGUGUCCUCAGCUCCUUCCAGAUGACCAACGAGACGGUCAACAUCUGGACUCACUUCCUGCCCACCUGGUACUUCGUGUGGCGCCUACUGGCGCUGGCGGGGGGCCCGGGCUUCCGGGCGGAGCCGUACCACCGGCCGCUGCUCGUCUUCCUGCUGCCCGCCUGCCUCUACCCCUUCGCGUCGUGCUGCGCGCACACCUUCAGCUCCAUGUCGCCUCGCGCGCGCCACAUCUGCUACUUCCUGGACUACGGCGCGCUCAGCCUCUACAGCCUGGGCUGUGCCUUCCCCUAUGCCGCCUACUCCAUGCCGGCCUCCUGGUUGCACAGCCGCCUGCGCCAGCUCUUUGUGCCUGCUGCCGCACUCAAUUCCUUCCUGUGCACCGGCCUCUCCUGCUACUCCCGGUUCCCGGAGCUAGAAAGCCCUGGGUUCAGUAAAAUCCUCCGCACGACUGCCUUCGCCUAUCCCUUCCUGUUCGACAACCUCCCCCUCUUCUACCGGCUUGGACUGUGCUGGGACAGGGGCCCCAGCUGUGGGCAGGAGGCGCUGAGCGCCAACCACCGCUACCACCUCCUCUGUGCGCUGCUCACUGGCUUCCUCUUCGCCUCCCACCUGCCCGAGCGGCUGGCCCCAGGACGCUUUGACUACAUUGGCCACAGCCACCAGCUCUUCCACAUCUGUGCCGUGCUGGGCACCCACUUCCAGCUGGAGGCAGUGCUGGCUGACAUGGGAUCUCGCCGAGCCUGGCUGGCCACGCAGGAACCCCCCCUGGGCCUGGCGGGCACGGUGGCCACGCUGGGCCUGGCGGCGGCCGGGAACCUCCUCAUCAUUGCUGCCUUCACAAGCUCCCUGUCUCGGGCCCCCAGCACCUGCCCUCUGCUGCAGGGCAGCCCCCUGGAGGGGGGCAUGAAGGCCAGACAGCAGUGAGGCCCUAUCUCUGAGCCCGCCCUGGGGGAAGGCAGAGGCCAGGCCCCGGUGCUGGGGAGGAGCCCCAACCCGGGUCUGACGGAGGUGGGGCACGUCGGAGCCUGGAGCCAGGAGUGGCUGCGGAGAGAGUGCCGAGGAGAGGAGGGGGCG